AUGAAGCUUACAUUUGCUACCCUGCUUGUUCUACCGCUGGCACUGGCCGGAUCGAUCAAGUCCGUCAUCAUUACUUUCCCCAAGGGAACGCCUGCUUCGGUGGUUACCCAGGCCAAAUCAUCCCUGGUGGCUUCAGGUGGCGUCAUCACACAUGAAUACCAUUUAAUCAAUGGCUUCGCCGCCGAGGCUCCCGUGAGCGCUCUCCAGACCCUAUCCACGCAGGAUACUCAAUACAAACCGAAUAUCGAAGAAGAUCAGGUUGUGAGUGCAUACGGAGACUAUGUGGCUGCAGUUUAA